CUACAGAAUUUCAAGACACGCUGCUCUUUACUCGUUUUAUUUGCUGUAUUUUCUGAAAAAAAAAAAAAAAAAAACCUUGAGCUUCCCUCGUGUUCAUGUGAUUUCAGGAAGGCAGGACGAAAAAAUGAGACCAAACAGUCAAGCACUGAAACACAAAGUGCCACAUGACACAGAGAGGGAGUUUGGAGGAACCCUGGGUGCCAUAUGCAUUCCCAUCUUCCUUCCGCUGACGGUGCUGUUCCUGAUCUGUGUGAGUCGGUCUCCUGAGGCCAGUGUGCUUCAGUGGCCUCCUCCUCUCCCCUCCCAGGACCAGCUGUGGGACCCAGUGGCCCCCAUGCUUCUGCUGGCAUGGAUCACUCUGCACACCCUCCUCUAUUUCAUGCCAUUAGGAAAGGUGUCUGAAGGAUUACUGCUGAGGGAUGGAACACGUCUCAAGUAUCCCAUAAACGGUUUUCAUGCCUUGUGCAUCAGCGGUGUGUUGCUGAUGUUGCUGCUGGGACUUGGGGCUCCUAUGGGGUAUCUGUUUGAGCUGCUGGUGCCUCUGGCAGUGUGUGCAAUUGCAGUGUCAUUCGUGUUCUCGGUCUACCUCUACAUCCGCUCCUUCUGGGCUCCUUCCCAUGCUCUCGCUUUGGGGGGCAACACAGGAAAUCCUCUGUAUGACUUCUUCAUUGGACGAGAGCUAAACCCUCGGAUUGGAAGCUUUGACCUGAAAUAUUUCUGUGAGCUCAGACCGGGUUUGAUUGGCUGGGUGGUCAUAAACUUUGGCAUGCUGAUGAAGGAGGUGGAGCUUCGAGGUUCGCCCUCCCUCGCCAUGAUCCUCGUCAACAGUUUCCAGCUGCUGUACGUGGCCGACGCUCUGUGGAACGAGGAGGCCGUUCUGAGCACCAUGGACAUUGUGCAUGAUGGUUUUGGUUUCAUGUUGGUGUUUGGUGACCUGGCCUGGGUUCCCUUCACGUACGGCCUGCAGGCAGCCUUCCUGGUCGUCCACCCGCAGGCCUUAACGUCCCUCAGAGCUGCAGCUAUAAUAGCACUGAAUGGUGCUGGAUAUUACAUUUUCAGAAAAUCCAACUCACAGAAGAACCAGUUCAGACGAGACCCUUCUCAUCCAACUGUUGCAAGACUGGAGACGAUUGCUACGGCAACAGGGAAGCGGCUGCUGGUGUCCGGCUGGUGGGGUUUCGUUCGUCAUCCUAAUUACCUCGGUGACCUCCUCAUGGCCCUGGCGUGGUCCCUGCCAUGUGGUUUCUCACAUCUGCUCCCUUACUUCUACGUCAUUUACUUCACCGUGUUGCUGAUUCACCGAGAGGACCGUGAUGAGAGACAGUGUAGGGCCAAGUAUGGACUGGCAUGGGACACCUACUGCAGACGUGUCCCCUACAGGAUCUUCCCUUAUAUUUAUUGAAAAGGAAAGCAGAGAGGCGCAAAGGGACCAAAACAGUCAGAAAACAUCCUUGUGACUCUGUAAGUUCACACAAACCUAGUAAUAACUUGAAAUGUAAAUCUGUUUUCCGUUACACAGAUUGCAAGUAAUAACUGGUGCUGCUACUAAGGAUCUACAGACGAAAUCACAAUUUCAGUCAGCCUUGGUGUGUAAGGCUACGGUUUGAUUACAAAAUAAUGGAUUCAUUCUUCAAAAUUCCUACAUUUUGACUUUCAAAAGCCUACAGCAAUGUACUGUAGUUAAAGUCAGUCAGCAUUACAUGUGGCUCUUUUGUAUCAUUUACAAAAAAAAACAUCUUAUUUUAGUGAGAAAAUACUGACUGGGAGAGAACAGUUAGUAGCAGUGCCUUUGUUAAUGAAAGUCUGCAUUACUGAAUUAGUUUUUUGUUUUUUUUUAAAUGUUUACAAUGUCUUCUUUUUGCAAAGUCUAUUGUUGCCUGUGAAAUGCAUUUGAAAUAAAUACAAAAAAGCACAAAAACAACA